AUGCCAGGAGUGCGGCCCCGCAGCCCCAUCGACAACCUGCUGCCCUGCUGGGCACCGCAGCCAGAAGGACCCAAGCCUGCCAAGCGGCGACGCCUCCAUGAGUGCACCUGCCCGGGGUCGCAGGCACAGCCAGACCUGGAAGCGCCCACCAGGCCGGCCAGCGAGCAGCUCACCAGCACCUUGUUCCUGCCUGCUGGCCUUGCCCUGAAACUCCAUCUGGAAGGAGUCGACCUGCUGCUGGAGCCCGAGCCAGAUUCGGUCAGGAGAGUGGCGCUCCCUGGACACACCAUCAUCUUGGUGCCCGAGGAUCUCCAGGACUCCCACCAGCCUGGACAGCCUGGCUUCUUGCCCGUCAGCCAGCAGGAAAUGCCCCAGGACCACCGGGGUAUCCUCUACCAGGGAUCCUCCAGUGCAUCUCUAUCAGACAUCCAAGGCUGGGGAAACGCCUCUGACUCAGAUGAAGACUCUCAAGGAGGCUUAGGAGGCUUGGUGAGGCCGAUGCCAUGGAUGAAGGCUCCAGCCGGCAUGGUCCCGGGGCUGCUUCUCCCCUUCACCAGGGUGUCCAGCCCCUUGUUCCCGCGCCAAGUGCCACGUCUCUGGGGCCCAUCAGCCCCUCUUAGUGCAGAGAGCUAUGCUUAUUCUAUAAAGAUAAAGUAA